UCCCGACAUCGACGACACUUCAUUUCUUGUUCUGAUGGCUUCACAAACGGACGCCGUGGAUCUCACCACUCAUCUGAAGAUAAUUUACGCUUCGUACAGGCACACCACUGACAUCGACGCGAAAGGUGCAUUCUUUUCUCCCUUCUGCUAUCAGAUAUGUCGCCCGAAUCCUCCAUUCGCUGCACAAGACCGGGAGACAAUUGUGCGCUACUUGCACGAGUACGCACCAAAAGAGCAGGCCGAGGCAUCGGAGCCAGGAAGAAAGCCGACAAAGAAGGGAUUUUACACGAUACGACCACUCAAGGAUUCCGAAUUCAAGUUUGGCACCGAUGAGCAGACAGCUCCUGCAGGCUUCUCUUCGGCGGUGGAGGUCGAGCAGAAGGCCAGGAGAGAGGAGUGGGUGGGAAUGAGGGUCGACCUUUGGGACGAAUCGCCAGAUCAUGAAGCAGAUAAGAAAGAGGACCUUUUAGUCAAGGUGCAGUACUGGUGGAGAAGAGAAGAAGGAAGUUGGAUGCAAAUCUUUCACGACAUCUUGUACAUGGGUCCUCGUGAUGGGAGUGAAGGUGCCAACGGCGAGGUUCUGGAGUGACACUCUAGACGAGUCGCACAUGUGAGACAAGUACAGAUGACAGGUAACUCAGAGGAAGGGUGACUUGCCGGAUGUCUUGAACCCCUCGGCUAGAGUUAGAUAUUGACGUGUUAAAUCAACUCCAAACUUCGUCAAUUGCUUGAAA